GUAGGUCUAUUUGCUUCGUUCGCGUAUUUAAUGACGACAAUAGAUCCACCCAAGAAACUGCAACCACUUAAUGAUACACAUGUAUCAUCUACUGUAACUACUACUGUUUUCCAAACUUCUCCUACUUCUGAAACUAUAAUUGCUCUUAAAACUGCUGCUACUAAAACUACUACUAAUUCUAAAACUACUACUACUGAAACUACUGAUAAGAACAAGCGUGCAGGAGGACGUAUAGCUGCCCAAGUUAAUAUAAGAGGUCACAGAAGAAAAGAAAACUUUAAGGAUGAGUUAACAAAAACAAUUCCUGAACUACCAUCUACAACACAGUCUACUGUUUUGCGAUACAUGAUAUCUCCUAUGCCAUAUGACGUAACAUACACAAACACUGGGAUCUCAGAGAAGCCAAUAGAACAUACCUUAAUGGAACUCGGUGACAAAAUACAAAGGAUACUACCACCUGUUCACCCAGCAGUGAAAGGAUUUAGAAGGUCUGUUGAUGACGCUGGGUAUGGAUUAACAGAUAAAAAUGUAAUUUUACUCAAAGUUGUAUGUGAUGAAGAUGAACCGAGAAUCGAAAUUAAACUAGCUACCAAUGGGUAUUCGAAACAACCCAAGAGUUCCAAAAUUAAAUUAAGUAAAAAGACUGAAAUUGAGAAACUAAAAUAUUACGUUCAAUUUCACAACAAAUCUGUACUUGAUGAUUUACUUGUUGAACCGAGUUACUCAAGUAACGACAUAGACUAUUACUAUCAAGCUAGUAAAAUGUCUGCCUCGAUUUUUAAAGAAAAUGGUUACGUGCGUAACGAAGCAACAAUUAAGAUAAAUGGUUCCCCACUCAAUGAACUUCAUAAGUCACUCUUGACAACAGAUAGCGAUGCAAGUACAAUUUCUUAUAGCCUUCCUACAUACACCACACAACAUAAAUCAAAUAUUGACUCAACUGGGCUAGUUAAUAAUGUAACAAUGCUCGCCAAUGAAGAAACUGAUGCUAUUGAGACCGUUAAUACAAAGGAUUUUUAUACUCACCAUAACAACUUAACGCAAAAUGGUAAUAUUAGUGAAAUAACUACACCGCCCGAAGUACUUAAUGUAGAUAAAUUUUUACAAAAUGUGGAUAGUUAUCGAAAAAUCUAUUCACAAUCAUUUUACCAGCGCGAUAAAUCUGACCUCGCUAGAGGUGUGUCGCAGGUGACAUCAGAUUUCUUACUCCAUUUUUUGCCACUUGUUGUGCCACAUGCUUUGCCACGUUCAGCGAAUUUGAUGAGUUUUUCAAAUGGUUCGAAUAAUGAUGAUUUUAAAACUAACAAAGGAGAAAAUAAAAAAAUACUGAAAAGCUCACCUAUUUUAGGUAAAAUUAUGACUGACUUGAAUAUAAAUGUCAAAACGAGAUUGCUACAUUCGGAUCAUGAACUAAAUAAUAAUAAUACUAUCAAUCAUCAUAAAAUAAGCAAUAUAACAGAUGAAAGUGAUAUCACCGGUGACUUCGAGAAUACAACGGUUGACAGCACGACGACUAUCGAUGGCUUUAAAAUGAUUUUUUUAAGAAAAGAUCUCAGAGAAACUUUAGUGAGGUCCUCUACUCCUAAUAUGACGAUUGUUAAAGUUACACCAAUAGAAACAAACGUAAAUAAACCGAAAACUUGGUCGUUUAGCAACAAUAAUGAAAUAAAAUACAAUUUAACACCUACUACAUCCACGUUUAGAGUUAAAAAGGAGGGUAAAGGCGCAAUCAAAUCUGGCGUUUGUAGAAGCGCCGCUGCGGUCGCGCAACUGUAG